CUCUCAGUGUGGGCCAAUGAAUACCAAAGUGCCCGUCACAGCUUGGGCCAGCUAUUUCACUCCCUGCAGGACUUCUACAGCCACAGUAACUGGGUGGAGAUGGGCCAGCGCUCCAUAUACCUGCACCUGCUGCAGCCAGACGAGCCUCCCAUCCCUGUAGCUCAAGAAGACACUCCUACCUGUAUGGAGUGCUUCAGCUUCACCUGCCGAGACAACCUCCUGCCAAGUCUGACAAACACAGAGAGAAACUCCCAGCUGCUCACCACUGGCUACUUCAGCAAUUCUCCUCCAAAACCUCAGGGCAAAUGUAGUCAUGGAGGUAUUCUGGACAGAAGCCGCUAUAUGGGGGCCAAAGGGGGCAUCAACAAGGACAGCAACUCACCUGUCUUCUCCCCUCACCAUUACCUCCAUGUGGAAGCUGCCACUCUGGCUAAUGAGGCCACCCUGACUGUACUGAGAGACCUCAGAGACACAGUGGGCAACAAAACCUUCCUCAAACUUUUCAGUGUGAAGCAGGUCCCUGCAUUGGUAUUUGUCAUUGACACCACGGGCAGCAUGUUUGAGGAGAUCACCGCGGCUCGCCUUCGGGCCUACUCCAUCAUCCAGAGGCGAGCCAACAGCCCUGGUCAACCUGGCACCUUUCUGCUUGUGCCCUUCCAUGACCCAGAGGUGGGACCAGUGUUUGAGACCGAAGACCCAAACCAGUUCAUGCAGCACCUGCAGAACCUGAUGGCGCUGGGAGGAGGAGAUGAACCAGAGAUGUGCCUCUCUGCCAUUCAGCUGGCACUCAUUCACAGUCCACCACUGUCAGAGAUCUUUGUAUUCACUGAUGCUUCCCCUAAAGAUGCCCACUUGUUUGAUGCGGUGAAGGCCCUCGUACUUGAGAAACAGAGCAAGGUGACAUUUCUCCUAACUGAUGACGCCACCUACAUGGCAGAGAGGAGAAGGAGGGGGAGGAAGAGGAGAAAGAGGAGGAGGAGGGAAGCUUUGUCUCCUGAUCGUUUCUCUCUCUACUCUUCCCUGUCUUCCCUAUCAGGAGGACUGACGGUAUUCACCACCAACUCUGACAUCCAAGAUGUCUCUACCAUACAAGCCAAGGUGGAGGAGAGAGGACACUGGGACAGUAAGGUGGAGUUCCUCCUGGCUGUAGCGGGAAAUGUUGUCGGCCUGGGCAAUGUGUGGAGGUUUCCAUACCUGUGCUACAAAAACGGAGGGGGUGCAUUCCUGGUGCCAUAUCUGGUAUUUGUGGUGACCUGUGGUGUACCCCUAUUCCUGCUGGAGACCACCAUGGGCCAGUACACCCAGGAGGGGGGCAUCACCUGCUGGAGGAAGUUAUGCCCACUGGCAGAAGGUAUCGGCUAUGGCGGGCAGCUGAUCCUCCUCUACAGCUGCAUGACCUACAUCAUUAUUCUGUCCUGGGCUUUGCUCUACCUGGUGUUCUCCUUCAGCUCACAGCUCCCCUGGUCCAGUUGCAACAACUACUGGAACACAGAACACUGUGUAGACUUUUCAACAAGAAAUAACACCUUUGAAUGGACCAACCACACAGACACAACCUCUGCUGCCACAGAGUUCUGGGAACAUCGGGUGCUAGGUAUCUCAGGGGGGAUUGAGGAGAUAGGCAACAUCAGGUGGGAGAUGCUGUUGUGCCUUAUCACUAUGUGGGUCACCUGCUACUUUUGUGUCUGGAAAGGGGUCAAGUCUACAGGAAAGGUGGUGUAUUUCACUGCUACCUUUCCCUAUGUGAUGUUAUUAAUUCUUUUGAUUCGUGGACUCUCUCUUCCUGGGGCUCUACAAGGAGUGGUGUUUUAUCUUCUGCCCGAACCCUCACGACUCACAGACCCUCAGGUGUGGAUGGAGGCUGGGGCUCAGAUCUUCUUCUCCUACAGCGUGGGUGUGGGCUCCUUAACUGUACUCGGCAGCUACAACACUUACAACAACAACUGCUAUAAAGACUGUCUGUGGCUGUGUUUAUUGAACAGUGGCACCAGUGUUGUAGCUGGCUUUGCUGUCUUCUCUGUGCUGGGAUUCAUGGCUCAUGAGCAGGGCGUUCCCAUUGCAGAAGUGGCCGAGUCAGGUCCAGGCCUGGCGUUCAUUGCAUACCCUCAGGCUGUAGCCAUGAUGCCCCUGCCUCAACUGUGGUCCAUCUGUUUCUUUGUCAUGCUCAUUCUCUUGGGCCUGGACACACAAUUUGUCGCAAUGGAAGUGGUGAUGACAUCCAUCAUAGAUAUGUUUCCCACAGUGAUGCGCAGGGCAGGCAGACGAGAAUACUCUCUCCUCCUUUUCUGCCUCACAUGCUUCUUCUCUCAGCUUGUCAUGAUCACUGAGGGAGGGAUGUAUGUGUUCCAGUUGUUUGACUACUACGCUUGUAAUGGCGCCUGCAUCCUCUUUCUCUGUGUGUUUGAAACCCUGGCGCUGGGAUGGAUAUUUGGGGCAGAGCGGAUAUAUGGCAUCAUAGAGGACAUGACAGGUGUGCACGCCAAUUUGUUCUUUAAAAUCUGCUGGCUCUACCUCACUCCACUGGUCUCACUGGGCUCAUUUAUAUGUUCUCUUGUGGAGUACCAGCCUUUGACAUUUAAUCGCUGGUAUGUGUACCCGGCCUGGGCAUACGUGUUGGGUUGGGUGCUGGCCCUCUCCUCCAUCCUGCUGGUGCCAGGAUGGGCGCUUUAUAAGCUGAGCACUGGAACCGGCACCCUCAGUCAGCGUUUCCAUCACCUGUGCCAGCCCAACAUGGACUUCUCAUUGACCCGAAAGAGGGAGGCUGAACUGCAGCACAUCAGAGAGGAAGACCUGGAACGCUUUGCCACUAGUUGA